AUGACGAGAACGCACCCGAUAUCGGCAGGGAUGUUAUGGCUGCUGCUGCUGCUAGCGGCCGAUCUUACCAACGCACAAACAACCAUCGGUGCGAGCGUAGUUCUCGAUCCGCAAGAUGUGACGGUGAUCGUCGGCGAACGGGAACAGUUUCUGGCCAAGGUGCGCGGCGUACUAUCGCAGGACGUUAGGCUUAAUUUCUCCAAGGAGCACAAUGACUUGGUUGAGGUGGUGCCAGGUUCGAUAGUGAUGAGCCCGGACGACGGUGGCUUUAUCGAUCGGGUGUACGAAAUCGAUCUGGUCGGAUUAUCGCCCGGUCAGUUCGAUCUGGAAGCGGCAGUGAUACCAACCGGGCUGAUCGACGACGCGGCAGCAUUCAUUCGCGUCACAGUCGCCAACUCGCAGGCCAUCAUCGUGAUCUCGAGUGUGAUUGGGUGGAUCUACUUCGUCGCCUGGACCGUGUCCUUCUGGCCCCAGAUGAUCAUCAACUAUCGGCGGAAGAGUGUGGUGGGCCUUUCGUUCGACUUUCUUACACUGAAUCUCGUCGGCCAUUCGGUGUAUGCAGCGUUCAACUGUGCGCUGUACUGGAGCGGCUACAUCGAACAGGAGUAUCUCGAUCGUAAUCCCCGUGGGCUCAAUCCGGUACUUACGAAUGAUGUCGCUUUUUCGAUACACGCCACUAUUGCGACACUGCUCACAGUGGCACAGUGUUUCAUCUACGAGCGUGGCGAACAAAGGGUGUCCCGAAUUGCGUGGGGAAUUCUCGUGAUCUUCGUUAUUGUCGUCAUCGUGGCGGGUAUUCUCGUCGGUACGGAAACCUUCCACUGGCUAGACUUUCUGUAUGUGCUGAGCUACAUUAAGCUCUCGGUGACGCUGAUCAAAUAUGUACCGCAGGCGGUACUGAACUUCCGGCGCAAGAGCACUGUUGGCUGGAGCAUAGAGAACGUGCUGCUGGACUUUACUGGCGGUAUGCUCAGUAUGUUACAGAUGUUGUUGAAUGGAUACAACUAUGAUGAUUGGGGCUCCAUUUUCGGCGAUCCAACCAAGUUUGGGCUUGGAUUGUUCUCAGUGCUAUUCGACAUUCUGUUCAUAGUGCAGCAUUACAUCCUCUACAGAACACCGAAAAAACGGAUCGAUCCUAUCGAAUCGAAUCUAGAAACAUUGCUCAAACAACCGCAUGUUAUUACCAGCACUGAUACAGAAUAA